ACAAAAUUCAUUUGUCAUUUUUAAUCAUUGCUUUUGAACAGAUUUUCUUGUUUUUUUCCCAUUUCUUCGUUUUUAAUAAUUUGCAUUUUUUUACCAUCAAAAAUAAUAAUAUGGAUAAAUCUACCAAUAUCCUGGGCGAUCAAUUGGAAAAUUUAUCAUUAUCACAGUCAAACAUAUCAUUAUCAUUUAAUCGAUCGAUAAAAAAUGGACGUACACCGAUAAAAUCAACCAAAUAUAAUAAUAAUCAACGAACAUCAUAUCAAACGCCAAAUGGUGGUCGUAAUAAAACACCAAAUCGACAAAAUCAACAAAAUCAUGGUGGUAAAGAAAAUCAACAAAAUAAUAAUAAUGGUAAAAAAAUAUCACCAAAAACACCUAUAAAUGGUGAUCGUUUUAUACCCGAUCGUACGGCUAUGAAUUUUGAAAUUGGUCAUUAUCUGAUUGCAAAUAAUGAACAAAAUAAUUCAAAUAAUAAUGGUGAAAAUUCAACAAUAAUUAAAGAAUUAAACGGUACAGAUCUAGCAAAUUAUCGUAUAUUACAUUAUAAUAAAACUGUACCAAAACCACAAGAAGGUUAUAUUAAUGAUACAAAAGUUGCUUAUUAUUCAUGUCAAACAUCAUCAUCGAAAACAAAAUCAACAAGAUAUAUAUCAAAACAACCGGAACGUAUUUUGGAUGCACCUGAUGUUUUGAAUGAUUAUUAUUUACAAUUAAUUGAUUGGAAUUAUUCAAAUAUUUUGGCUGUUGCAUUGAAUAAUGAAGUUUAUCUUUGGAAUGCAAUGGAUGGUAAUAUUGUACAUUUAUUAACAUUAGAUGAACCGGAUUAUAUAUCAUCGGUUGCAUGGGUUGAUAAUAAUGAUACAAAUAUUGCUAUUGGUCUUAGUACGGGUGUAACACAAAUUUGGGAUGUUAAACGACAACAACGUUUACGUAAUCUACAUAAUUCAACAGCUAGAAUCAGUUCAAUGUCAUGGUGUUCAUAUAUCUUAAGUAAUGGUACUAAAGAUGGUGAAAUUAUUAAUCAUGAUGUUAGAAUUGCUUCCAGUAGAAUUGGUACAUUACGUGGACAUACAUUGGAAAUUUGUGGUCUGAAAUGGUCACCAAAUGGUCGUUUAUUAGCAAGUGGUGGUAAUGAUAAUACUGUUAAUAUAUGGCCAAAUUGUUUUAUUGGAAAUAAUGAUAAUUCAUCAUCAACGACAACAUCUAUAACAAAUGAAACACAAAUACAACCAUUAUUACGUUUAACACAACAUCAAGCUGCUGUAAAAGCAAUAUCAUGGUGUCCAUGGCGUAAUAAUUGUUUGGCAACUGGUGGUGGUACAAAUGAUCGUAUGAUACGUAUAUGGAAUACACAGAAUGGACAAUGUUUAUAUUCGGUUGAUACAAGAUCACAAGUAUCAUCAAUAUUAUGGUCCGAACAAUAUCGUGAAUUAAUAUCAUCACAUGGUUUUGCUAAUAAUGAAUUAAUCAUAUGGAAAUAUCCAAAAUUUCAACGUGUUACUGAAUUAUUGGGACAUACUGGUCGUAUACUUUGUAUGGCAAUGAGUUCAGAUGGUUCAACAGUUGUUUCAUUAGGUGCUGAUGAAACAUUACGUUUUUGGGAUUGUUUUGAUUCGGAUCCGGAAAAAAAACAACGAAAAAACAAACAACAAUCAAAUAAAAAUGGUAAAAAAUUUGCCGAUUUUAAAAAUUUAGUAUCAAAUGUUGGUGGUCAUAUUCGAUAACAACAACGUUUCAACGAAACAACAAUCAACAACAAGAAAGAAUUUCAUCUUUGAUAAAUGUAAUCAUUCGGCGUCCAUUCCAUUCCAUUCAUUUGAUUUUAUUCAUUAUAAACGCAAACACACCUGGGUAUUUU